CCUCCCCCGCUGAACCCAAUUCUCUUCCUCCGCGAAACCAACAACAAUGGAAGUUGCUGCUCAUCCCAAGCAACAACUCCUCCCCAUGGCGCCGCAGGACCCCAACUCCCCGUCCUCCUCCACCUCUUCCUCCUCGCCGUCCUCCGCCGCCGCCGCGUCCCCUCGUCCGCACCACCCGCUCCCGCCGUCCCCCAGGCCGGUCCCCCGCACCAUCGACACCACCCCGUUCCCCACCACCUUCGUCCAGGCCGACAGCGCCUCCUUCAAGCAGGUCGUGCAGAUGCUCACCGGCGCCGACAUGCCGCCGCCGGCCCCGUCCUCGUCAGCCCAGCGCCCGCCCGCCAACAAGGCCCACCACCACGGCGUCGCCCCGUGCCGGCCCAAGAAGCCGGCUUUCAAGCUGUACGAGCGCCGCAGCGGCAUGAAGAACCUCAAGAUGAUCGCGCCGCUGGCCAUGGCCUCCGCCGCCGGCGCGUCCCCGAGGAAGGCGCUCCCGGACCUGCUGUCGCCCAGCGUGCUCGACUUCCCGUCCCUGGCGCUCAGCCCCGUCACGCCGCUGGUGCACGACCCCUUCAACCGGUCCGCGUCCGCGUCCCCGGCGGAGCAGGAGGCGGCGGCCGCGGAGCGCGCCGCCAUCGCGCGCAAGGGCUUCUUCCUCCACCCAUCGCCCCGCGGCGAGGCCCCGCCGCCGAGGCUCCUGCCGCUGUUCCCCGUCACCUCCCCCAGAAUGGCCUCGGCCGCGGCGGCGCCGUCGGAGUGAAGUUGAUCGGGUUGCUAUUAUUCCGCGUGCGCGUAGAGUGUACGGCGUGGAGUCGUUCGUGCUGUAAUUUUUGGUCGCUGUUGUUGAGCGAUGAUGGUGGCUCCCGAAGAAACGGAUGGAAAAUCACACUCUUUGAGCUCCUCCUCCCCUGUUCUGAUCUCGAUGGUAGAUCAGUGCUGGUAGUAGUGCAGUAGUAAAUUUCAGUUGUGCC